GCCCAAGGGCGCCCCGGGCGCCGCGCUGCCGCUCCGCAAACGCCCACUCCGCCCCACGUCCCCGGAGCCCGCAGUCCCGCGCACCCUCGCUGGACCCCAGGACCCCCUACGCAGUAGCUGCGACACCCUGGCUGUCCCUGGGACCCCCCACGGCGUGGCCAGGCCGGAGGCGCUUUACUACCAGGGACCUUUGGUGCCCAUUUACCCUACCCCAACGGUGGGACCCCCCUUUCCGCUGCUGAACCUGCCCACACACCUCUACUCCAGGAUGUGCCCCAUGGAACACCCCCUUUCUGCUGAUAUCGCCCUGGCCACCCGUGCAGAUGAAGAUGGAGACACGCCUCUCCACAUCGCAGUGGUCCAGAACAACAAGGCAAUUGCCCUCCGGUUAGUUAUCCUUUUCCAGCAGGGAGGCCGGGAACUAGACGUCCACAACAACCUGCGGCAGACUCCUCUUCACCUGGCUGUGAUCACCGCAUUACCUGAUAUGGUCCGGCUCCUGGUGACAGCUGGAGCCAGUCCCAUGGCCCUGGACCGCCACGGCCAGACUGCAAUCCACCUGGCGUGCGAGCACCGAAGCCCCAGCUGUCUGCAGGCCCUGCUGGACAAUGCAGCCCCGGGCUCCGUGGACCUGGAAGCUCGCAAUUACGAAGGGCUCACUGCCCUGCACGUAGCGGUGAACACCGGGUGCCAGGAGGCUGUUCUGCUGCUCCUAGAGCGCGGUGCCGACAUCGAUGCAGUGGACAUCAAGAGCGGCCGCUCCCCACUCAUACACGCAGUGGAGAACAACAGCCUGAGCAUGGUGCAACUAUUGCUGCUGCACGGCGCCAAUGUAAAUGCUCAGAUGUACUCCGGCAGCUCAGCUCUGCAUUCUGCAUCUGGCCGAGGGCUCUUGCCUCUGGUGCGCACGCUGGUGCGCAGCGGGGCUGACAGUGGCCUCAAGAACUGUCACAAUGACACGCCCCUCAUGGUGGCGCGCAGCCGCAGGGUCAUUGAUAUCCUAAGGGGGAAGGCCUCUCGGGCUGCCUCAGGGUCACAACCCGACCCAUCCCCGGACCAAAGUGUCAUCGCUUCCCCUGAGAGCAACAGUCGUCUGAGCUCCAAUGGUCUCCUGUCCUCACCCUGCUCCUCACCCCCACUGUCUCCCUCGAAGGAUCCUCCUGGCUUCCCAGUGACCCACCAAAACUUCUUCCUUCCGACUGCAUCUCCACCUGCCUUCCUGCCCUUCCCAGGGGUCCUCCGAAGCCCCUGCCAGCCCGUGCCCCCAUCCCCAGCUCCAGGAAGCAGCUGAGACGGAUGGGGGGGGCAGACCCGGACUCAUGAGGAGAGGCCUCCUUGCCCUGUGGGGACCACUUCUCUGGAACCUGUGAGGACCUUGUUCUGCUUCCCCCCAAUCUCCAGGAUCAGGUUUUGCACCUACGCACAUGCACCUACUACUGAGCACAGAUAGCCCUAAUCUCACCCCUUGCCCAGGACUCGUAGCCCCUCUUCUUCUCAGGCACCAGGUACCCAGUCUGGAAUCCACUAGCUGAUCGAUUCUUUGUUCAGUCCCAGAAGUGGAGGAACCCAAGGACAAUCCCUUCUCCUCUCCCAUCCUCCACCCUGAGGAACCAGGAGCAUCUGGGGCAGCACUGAUCACAAUGUAAAUUAUUAGGUUUGGGUCAGAUUUCUUUUGUAAUAAAGUAUUUUUGUACCAUA